AUGACGUCUUCCUCCGCAUACAAGUUCUCCAACCUGUGCGGGACGAUCUACUCCAAGGGCAACGUCGUGUACACGCCGGAUGGCAACUCGGUCAUCUCGCCCGUCGGGAACCGCGUUUCCGUGUUUGAUCUGGUCAAGUGAGUGCGCUGCCUACGGUGUACAAGUGUUCUGAGAUCACUUUCAACUCACACCACCACCUCACGCAUGAACAGCAACAAGUCGAGGACGCUCUCGUUCGAGAAUCGCAAGAACAUUGCCCGCAUCGCGCUCAGCCCGGAUGCGACUGUAUUGCUCAGCAUCGAUGAGGGUGAGUCAUGGCUUUAGGGCGUCCAUGUUACUGAAGGACUCGACUGACUCGGGCUGUUCUACACUGGUAGAUGGGCGUGCUCUGCUCGUCAACUUCAAGCGCUCGACGGUCCUGCACCAUUUCAACUUCAAAAAGCCCGUACGCGACGUGCAGUUCUCGCCCGAUGGAAAGUGAGUAUGAUCGCAAGCAUGUGUUCUAUUUGAGAAGAUUGGGAACUGAUCUUGACUUCUGGCAACUUGGCAGAUUCAUCGCCGCGACGCACGGGUCCCAGGUUCAGGUCUGGCACACACCGUCCCAUCUCGCUCGAGAGUUUGCUCCCUUCAAUCUCCACCGCGUCUAUACCGGCCAUUAUGACGACGUCUUGUCCAUCACGUGGAGUGCAGACUCGAGGUGAGCCAUCAUCGUCGUGUUGAAGUAGUUCGCGAACGCUGACCUUCUGCCCUACGAUUUGGGCAGGUUCUUCCUCACCACCUCAAAGGACAUGACCGGUCGUCUGUUCACCUUGUAUCCCGUCGAAGGCUACCGACCCAAGACAUUCGCUGGUCACCGCGAUGCCGUACUCGCGGCCUACUUUUCUGUCGACCACAAGAGCAUCUACACCGUAUCUCGGGACGGCGCCGUCUUCACAUGGAGCGCGAAAGAGUCGGAAGAAGAGUCGGACGAGGAAGACGAAGAACUGCACGACGGACCUAGAAGGAUCGCUGCAAACGCCCACGCUUCGACCUCGACUUCAGUGAUGGGUGUCGACAACACGAUCGCCACCACCCGAUGGGGACUCAAAGAUCGCCACUACUUUAUGCAAACGGGGACCAAAGUCACCUCGACGACAUUCCACCCUCCUUCGAGCUUGCUUAUCGUCGGCUUUUCGAACGGUGUCUUUGGGCUAUGGGAGAUGCCCCACUUCACUUCGGUACAUACGCUUUCGGUGUCGCAAGAGAAGAUCACUUCGGUCGCUGUGAAUGCCACGGGCGAAUGGCUUGCCUUUGGCGCGAGCAAGCUCGGCCAAUUGCUGCUAUGGGAAUGGCAGUCCGAGUCGUACGUGCUCAAGCAACAAGGCCAUUACUUUGACAUGAACACAUUGUCCUUCUCUCCCGAUGCGCAAACGGUGGCGACCGGUGGCGACGAUGGCAAGGUCAAGCUGUGGAAUGCGACGAGUGGGUUCUGCUUCGUCACCUUCUCAGAUCAUUCGUCGUCUGUCUCGGCGGUAGAAUUCGCCAAACAGGGUCAAGUCGUCUUUUCUGCCUCGCUUGACGGUACCGUCCGAGCCUACGAUCUGAUCCGGUAUCGUAACUUCCGGACAUUCACCACACCUUCUCCCGUACAAUUCAAUUCGCUGGCUGUCGAUCCAUCUGGUGAAGUCGUUUGUGCCGGAGGGACGGGCGACGGGUUCGAGAUCUACAUGUGGUCGACGCAAACCGGCAAACUGAUUGACGUCCUUGCGGGACACGAAGGUCCUGUCUCGGCCUUGUCCUAUUCACCUCUCGGAGAUCGACUCGUCUCGGCCUCGUGGGACAAGUCGAUCCGAGUAUGGGACGUGUACGGAAGAAGUUCCGCCGUCGAACCGUUUGCCUUGAAAGCCGAUGCUUUGGCAUUGGCCUUCCGACCCGAUGGGCUGGAAGUGGCCGUCUCGACUUUGGACGGCCAAAUCAUCUUCUGGGACGUGCGCAACGCUUUACAACGGACGUUGAUUGAAGGGCGCAAGGACAUUGCGGGGGGAAGGAAGGUCGACGAUCGAGUUACCGCGGCCAACAACGCGUCAGGCAAAGCUUUCACUUCACUUUCUUACACGGCUGAUGGAGCAUGCUUACUCGCGGGAGGUAACUCGAAGCAUGUCUGCUUGUACGAUGCGCGCGACGGUGUGCUCUUGAAGCGGUUCGAGAUCUCGCAAAACCUUUCCUUGGACGGGACGCAAGAAUUCCUCGAUUCGCGCAGUUUGACCGAAGCCGGACCGAGGGAGGCGAUGGAUGAUCGAGGCGAGAAUUCGGAUCUUGAAGAUCGACUUGACAAAACUUUACCGGGUGCUCGAGCGGGCGAUAUGUCGAAACGCAAGUACCGACCUGAGGCGAGGACGAAAUGCGUUCGCUUUUCACCCACGGGAAGAAGUUGGGCCGCGGCGUCGACGGAAGGGUUGUUGGUGUACUCGUUGGACGAUACGAUCUCGUUCGAUCCUUUCGAAUUGGAUAUCGACAUCACACCCGAGACAAUCAACGAUACGUUGAGAUCGGAUAAUAAUUACCUCAAGGCGCUGAUCAUGGCUUUGCGAUUGAACGAACCGGGUCCGCUUCGUGCGGUGUACGAGGCAAUCCCGCCUAAUGAGAUCCUGUUGUUGGCGACACAACUUCCUCCGCAUCAUGUGGAGAAGACGCUUGCCUUGAUCGCUCGUCAGAUGAGCGAGACGCCGCAUGUCGAGUUCCACUUGCUGUGGGUCAACGGUAUGUUUGACGCCCAUGGGAGAUCACUCCAGGCCGGUGCGGGAGCACACGCAGCGACGUUCCGAGCACUUCAAAAGGGUUUGCUGGACAUCCAAGACAACGUCGUCAAGAGCGUAGAGGAGAAUCGCUACACUCUGGCGUACUAUCUGGACCAGCUCGAGCGGAGAAGGAAGGAGGAGAUGGAAGAGAAAGAGGGAGAAGACAUCGGCGAGUACGCGACAAGGAUGAUCGAGGUGUGA